AUGGGGGACUGGUCCUAUCUGUCCUCUCUACUAGACAAAGUCCAGUCCCACUCUACAGUGGUGGGGAAGAUCUGGAUGAGUGUCCUCUUCCUCUUCAGGAUCUUUGUCCUGGGAGCUGCUGCAGACAAAGUGUGGGGGGAUGAACUUUCAGAGUUCUCCUGCGAUAGUAAGGAGCCAGGAUGUAAGCACGCCUGCUACAACAAGAUGUUCCCCAUCUCCUACAUCCACUACUGGGUGCUGCAGAUCAUUUUUGUGUCCACGCCCACCCUGGUGUACCUGGGCCACGCCGUGCACGUCAUCCACAAAGAGAAGAGAAUGAUAGAGCAGCUAAGAAACAGCACAGGUCAGUCCAUCAAUCAAUCAAUCAAUCUUUAAAACCCACAUUUGACAGACUGCUGUUUAUGAUGCCAAUUAUAAUGGCAAAAUGUAUGAGAUAUUUUAAAGAAUAAUAAUAAUUAUUGGUCUGUGUUUUGAAAUAGAUAUGAGCUUGUCAUUUUCACUGUAAUCCAGUUAAAUUUUCCAGCAGUGUUGUUUUCGUUGACAAAAAUAUUUUGUCAACGCCCCUUUUUUUCCACAACCAAGACGUGACGUUGACGAGCUAAAAAAGUCUUAGAUGACUAAAAUGUGGCGUGACAAAUUUGCAUUUACGUUGACGAGACGAGACGAAAACGUUAGUGGUGGACGACGAACAGAGUUGCAAUGUUCAUGAGCAUUUCGUCAGUCAAACGCUAAACAUAUAUUUUGCAGUGUUGUUUUCGUUAACGUUGAUGAAAACAACACUGAUUUCUAGAGGUCGGAGGAAAUUAGUUACAGUAACUUUGCAUGUAUACACCAAACUCUAUCCCAAGAUGGCCUUGGUGUUCUGCAAAUGCUCCACAUUUUGAAACCCAGGAUUUGACCCACAGGUCUAACAGCGUCAGAAGGAAAAAGGUGUUGUUCACCUUUGGAUGUCACCAUAAACCUGAGAGAUAGCAUUUAUCUAGUUUGUACCAAAAACCACAAAUGUAGUUCGGAGUAUUCACAAAAAAUACAAAGCUGUAAAUCUGUCAGUGUAUGCGAAACCAGUUAGCAUCUUAAAUUGUACUUUAGAUUUUAUGAGCAGCUAAUUUAAAGAGGCUAAUAUACUGAAGAAAAAUAUGAUCUCUUUUUUAAAAUCCUGGUCCAUACUCAAGAUGUAGCUUUUUGGGGGCCAGCAAAAAAGUCUUCAGAGGCUUAUUUGAGCAUCUAGAUGAAAAAGAAAUACAAUAAUCCAACUUAAACAUUUACAGCGGGAUAUGUCUGAUUUGUGGGAUGUUUAGAAAAUGAAAACAAGAUGUCUUGACAUUUGUUUUAUGUGGUUUAGAUGGAAGUAUCGUGAAGAAGCCCAAGUACACGGACGACAGAGGGAAGGUGAAGAUUACAGGCGUCCUCUUCUACACCUACAUGGCCCAGCUGUUCUCUACGAUCCUGAUGGAGGUGGGCUUCGUUGUGGCUCAGUUCUACAUCUAUGACUCUAUCUUCAUGGUCUCCUACUUCCCCUGCAACGAGUCGCCGCCCUGUGCACGCUCCACCGGGGCCCAGUGUUACAUUUCUCGUCCCACAGAGAAGACGAUCUUCGUCUUCUUCAUGCUGGUGGUGUCUGGGGUGUCGGUGCUGCUGAAUGUGGUGGAGAUGAUUUACUUGAUGUGUAAUCGUAGCAAACAACGCACAAAGAAGCUUUUGGAGCGGCAGCGGGAGAGGCUCACCUUUCAGCAAAGCUCGUCAAACCCGCAUUGGGAGGGCAGGGCCAGCAGGUACGGAGGAUAUCCAGUACUUAUACCUGCUACAAAUGAGGAGCAGCAUGAGGACCGAGACUGGAAGGAGAAGGACACCUAA